AUGUUCAGUCCCACAGACACACAGCAACAGCAGCAGCAGCAACCCAACAACCCACUCAAACAACUCUUUGCCACCAUUUUCUCAUACGACGGCAAUGUCUUGCUUGCUGCCUUGGUCUCUCUUCUUCUCGUCAUUCUCUUUGUCCUCCUCCUCCAUGUCUACGCAAAAUGGUUCUUGGCCCAAGCUCACCACAGGCGCCGCCGCAGCUCCAUGACCGUCUCCCGGGUUCUCGGCCCUAACCGGUUCCAGCAUUUCCACACCUUCACCUUGGAUCCCGGGUUCUCGGGCUCUGCGUCAUCGAAAGGCCUCGACUUGAAAACAAUCUCUGCAAUUCCUCUGUUCGUGUACAAAACAGAGGAGAAGAAGGAGGAGCGAAAUUACGAAAAUGGGUUUUUGGAGAUGGAGUGUGUGAUUUGUUUGAGCCCGUUUGAGGACAAGGACGUGGGGAGGAAUUUGCCCAAAUGUGGUCACUGUUUUCAUGUGGAGUGCAUCGAUAUGUGGCUGGGUUCACACAUGAACUGCCCAAUUUGCAGAGCUCCGAUAGUGACCAGCGCUGAUGGGAUUGGGAUGGGGAUUGAUACGACGUCGGAUCAGGCGGUCGGUGAAGAAGAAUCGGUUUUAAUUGAUGUUCUGGAUUCUGGGUAUGUUGAAAAUGAUGAUCUUGUUCGUGUUGGGGUGAUGAGAACUGAUUCUGAACCCACAUCUUCAUCUUCUUCUUCAUCCUCGUCCUCAUCUCCAUUAACGGUGGGUUGUUCAUUGAAGAGAAUGCUGAGCAGAAACAGGCCAGAAAUAAGCAAGGUUUUCCCAACCACAAAUGGGAAUGAUCACAGCAACCAAAUGGAUGAUUGA